UUGAAAUUCACUGAACAGAGACUUUUGUCAAGGCUUCUGGUUAAACUAAUGUAUACAUUUAUUUUGUGAAAACCAUAAUUCUUUUCUUUUUUAAUCACUGAGCAGAGACUCGCUGUAAGCGAAUCAACUGAAGUUAAAAGUCGUAAUGAAAUGAAACGUGUUCCUCUGACGACAAUUUUUAGUCAAGGUGCAACCAAUUUCAAUUACCGUCAAUAGAAAUAGCUCGUCAAUAAUCUCUUUUUGUCCUUCGAUCCUUUAUUUCUACAGAUGAUUGAUACGUACGUAAUGUGACAGCUUUUACAUUUAGAUUUACUUAGUUUUUGUUAAAAGUGCUAAGUGUGCUGGGAAAUGACAGUUGGAAAAUCUUGAGUCGCUGGAAAGAGUGUGCUUUAUAAUAAAGAAAUUGUAUUCGAAUUAGCCUUAAAUCCUAGCCCAGUCCUGGGCUGAAAGACCUCUAAUUUAUUUGAAUCUGGAGUCUCGAAGUAGCCAUUUUCUACCCAAGAAAUCUCAAGGUAAAUCUUCUAUGUAUGAUGUUUUAAUUUGUAAAAUGUCUCGUUAGUUCGUCUGGCUGGAGUCAGCAAAAACAUCUUUGGGAAAGAGAGAAGGAGAACAUUAACGAUUUCACGAAUAGCAAGGGAUACUUUGAGUUUGUUUAUUUGUUUUCUUUUUUCACUACUAAAGAUAAUCUUAAAUCAAUUACAAUCAAAAGAAUGUAGUAAAUGCAAUGAACUAAAAGAUUCCACAAACAUGGUAUUCAUAUUUAUGCUGUAAUCACUUCGAAUUUCAUCUCCUCUAGCAUAUCAUAAAUCAAAAACUUCAGUUAAGUAAAAUUUCGAUAGAUUUCCGAAGGUUUUUGGUGAGAUUGAACUGAUUGGAAAUCGUAACGUGAGGUCUUAUAGAUGACUGUUUUUUCUUUUUUCUUUUUUUAGAAGCGCCAAGCUGAUCCCUGUCCGCCUGUUUAAAUAUUCUGUAAGAUCUCAAAUCGAGGUAGCUAUAGAGAACGCAGCAUAGUUGUCAUUAUUAUUUGUUGUUGUUAUUAUUAUUCUUAUUGUUGUUGUUGUUGUUGAUAUUACUUCGCUAUGAGCGACGUCUUUAUAGAAAAAGAAACAGAUAGAUAGAAUUUUGCUGAUCGAUGCCAGCAACGUCUUCAACCUAAUGAACCGCUCUGUAGCCCUGCACAACAUCCAGAUCACACUGGUGAACGAAAUUUUGCUAUAUUUGAUUAAUACCUAUAGUGGCCCUUCGAGACUCUUCAUACAGGGAGGCGAAGAGAUUUGUCUCAAGAAGGUGCUAUGAAAGGCGAUCCUUUGGCGAUGCCGCGGUACUCAGUUACCAAAUCCUUGCUGAUCAACAGCUUG